GACAGCAGAGAGAGGACUCAUGUGGCUCUGCUGUGGAUGCUAACUUAAGCUGACGUCUCUUUCUGUUUCAUUCAAAGAGAUGGCCACUCUCUACGUGUCCCCCCACCCUGAUGACUUCAGGAGCCUCCUGGCUCUCAUCGCUGCAGAGUUUUGUCCGUCCUCCCGCCCCCGGACCCUCACAGAGGACCCUCCUGCGUCCCUGAAUGCCUGCUCUAGACCCACCCUGGUGCUGGGCGCUGGGGGAAGUGAGUCUGUCCUCAGCGGGGCCCCUGCUGUGUCCUGGUACCUGGCCAAUCAGGGGAAGAGGGCCGGUGCGGAUACAAAGCAGCAGAGCCAGGUGUGGCAGUGGCUCAGCUUUGCAGACAAUGAACUCACCCCAGUGUCCUGUGCUGUGGUCUUCCCUCUGAUGGGGAUGACGGGAGUGGAUAAGAAGCUCCAGCAGAGUUCCCGUGCAGAGAUGAUGCGUGUACUAAAGGUUCUCGAUAAGGCACUGGAGCCCAGAACCUUCCUGGUGGGGGAGAGCAUCACCCUGGCUGAUAUGGCUGUAGCCACAGCUGUUCUCCUGCCUUUCAAAUAUGUGUUGGAGCCAUCAGACAGGAAAGUCUUGACCAAUGUUACCAGGUGGUUCACAACCUGCACGAAUCAGCCUCAGUUCCUGAAGGUGUUGGGGGCGAUCACUCUCUGUGAGAAGAUGGUGCCGGUUACACCCAAACCAAAAGCUGCUACGAAUCCUAAAGCUGCUCCUGCCAGUCCUGCUGUUGAAUCCACUGAAGCUGAAGCUAACGGCCCACCAAAGACAGAGGCCCAGCUGAAGAAGGACGCUAAGAAGAGAGAAAAGCUGGAGAAGUUCCAGCAGAAGAAAGACACGGAGGAAAAGAAAAAGUCUCUGCCACAGACAGAG